AUGAAGAAUCCUUCGCACGUCGCGGCUGCCCCCACUUCCCCUUCGCCCCAUCCGUCGGCCGUCUCUGGAGGUGCGCCAAUCCCAUGGCUGCCGCUGCCACCAUCGUCGUCGUCAGCGGGCGCGUCAGCCACGAUCGCAUCAGCGCCGAGCGAGCGCUGGGCAGCCGCGCUGCAGAAGGUGCCCUACCUGCACUCUAUCCUGGAGGGGCCGACGUGCACUGUGUACCGGCCGCCCACCGUGAUUCAGCUGAGCGAGGCUACGGGCUGCUCUGUCAGCAAAUUGGCUGGCGCAUACAGCGACCUACCCGUCAUCACGCUCAACAAAAUUAGGGCGACCAGUGAUCAGGAGGCAGCUGCCGCCGCCGCCGCCGGUCUCAACUCCGAUGGCUUCGAGUACCUGCAGCUGUCGCCGACGGACGACUCGCUAGAGAUGGCGGCCAAGGCGCUGGUGGCGCGCCGUCCCGCACCAGACGCGGAGGAGAUCUUCUGGGAGGCCGAAUACUGGGAGGUGCUGCGGAGAGCCAAGCGCCAAGCGCAGGAGGAGAAGGAGCGCCUCCGCGAGAAAAAGCUGGGUCAGAGGGAGAGGAGAGCGGUGAUGGGAGCCAGCAACAGCAGCGUCGGGGUGCCGUCGCCGAAGUUGGGCGGGGCAACGACGCUGUCCUCCAUGAACUCGCCCUCGUUCGCCACGCCGCACAGUCGCCAGGGCUCCCUCGGAGGGCCGCCCGGCGACUGCGGCGAUGGCUCACCUGCCUACCUGCACGCCCAGACGGCGGCGCAGCGCACUGCGAAGGGUCUCCUGCGCCGGGCACGGUACAACGAGACCCACAACCCCGCCCAGCGCGUGCUCGUGCGCACAGCGUCGCUGUUGUCGCAGAACAGCGCGACGCAGUCGGUGAUUCGCUGCCGCACCCGCCCGCGCCACGACUCUAUCACCUCCCAGCAAACAUUGUCUGGUGCACGCGGGUUUCAGUAUCCCCUGUCGUCCUUGGCGAGCGAAGACGGGCGAAGCGCAACCAGCGACUCUUUCAGGACCCCGCCCCCGCCCAUCGCUUACAGCCAUCAGUCACGGGAGCUGCUGGCAGCCAGCCUGGAGCUCGAGUUGUCCACAUCCGGUGGGCCAGCCAAAACCGGCACCACCACACGCUCCGGCACAGCACCAGCCGAAGGUGCGAAGGGCGAAGCCAUGACAGCUCGUGAAACGGCACGGCCACACAACGAAGGCGGCUCACCCAUCGCCACACGCGACGCUGCGAGAAAGCGGCCGUCUACCGCUGCGGCGGCCGUGUCACCGGACUCGUCGUCCUCUUUGCAAAUUUCGUCGAAUCGCUGUUCAACCGAUCUUCGACGCAGUAAGGUGAACAGCUUCCCCUCCGUUACCGCCUCUCCGAGGAGUUCGAUCGUGCAACGGGACUCCGCGACAAGUGCGCUGCUGAUCAUCCCGGCCGCCUUACCGGCCCUAGAGCCAUCUGCUCAGCAGCGCCCCCCGCCGCCACCAUUGCAGGGUGACAGUGGCAACGAACAGAAAUGCCGUCCACUUCUACCCCGCUCUGUGGGCGCGAUACGUAAGCCUGUGGAGAAGCAGCCUCCAGUGGCUGAAGGGGGGCGCGAAGGACGUGGUGGUGGCGGCUCGUCACCGCAGCCUCUGCCGCCGCAGCCUCAGCUGCUUUCUCUCUCGGCGAUGCCUCGCACGUCUGUUGGGCGACCCUCGGGUGACACAUCUUCGCUGACGGUGGACGGACAGCCUAGGUUUCGGUGCACCACAGCACGGCCUUCACCAGACUCCAACGCACGGGCUAAUAGCAGCGCCUCCUCGCGUCCUUCCGGGAGCGCCCCCGGAACGUCGUCUCAGUUGGCAUCCGUGCCUACCGUCACAGGUGAAUUGCGAAAGGCAAAGAGCGCGCUCGCAGCACUGUCUCCGGUAGUGCGGGAAGUCACUGCCACAGUCCCCACGAGCAGCCCCGGUGCACCUUUCACAGCAGCUGAGGUGAAGGUACGUCGAGACGCAGGCAAGCGGUUAGUGACCAGGGCCGACUUGAAGCCUCUGCCCCUGCACCCGAGCUCAGCCCAGCCGCCACUCGGCCAUCGCUUGGAUGGCGCUUCUGCACCGGACAAGGCCUUCCGCCUUUCUUCGACGCCGCCUUGUACGGCUGCCGUGACAGCCGCGGCAUCGCCUGCACCACCGCAUUCUUCUUUCUCUUCCUCGACCGCGCAGACAACGGUAGUGCCGCAGUCCGCGUCCAUGCCAGUGAUGCGCGCACCAGUGCCCAAGCCGCUGCCAUCAGCAGAACCUGCCGUGCCACCGGCUAUCACGGUCAUAAGCACUGCGGCUCCCUCACCAUCGAGUAGCGUGACAACACGCACGACGGCAACGGCUGCGCCUUCAUCGUGCCUCCAGACUCGAGAGGCAUCUCCGUCGCCGUGCCUUGAGCGGGCUGCGGUGGUCGUGCGCGCCGCGUCAUCGAUAGCCCCCAAAGACGGUGCUGACGCAACGUCGUCCACAACGUCACGCGUGACCGUUGCCCCGCCGACAGCGACGAAGCCGCCCUCCGCCGUCACAAAGCCGCUCAGGAAUGGGGAGGCGCCGCUCACAAGUCGCCAGAACACCACGGUGGCGACGAAUGCAAAGGACGCCAAGGGAGAAGAGGCACAGCCACCUGCACAGGUGCCUAGCACCCCCUCAAAGGCUGAAGUCGCACCCCCUCAGCCGAGCAACCGCCGCGCAGACGAGGAUGCGGCGGCACGUCCCUCUUGCUUGUCCACUCUUUCCUUCGCUGCUGAUGCGGAACGAGACGCACACAACGCACCCGAGAGCGGCGCGACCGCUUUUUCGCUGCCUUCGAGAAAAGUCGAUAAAGAGGCGUCCAGAUGCUGCGUUGUACUGUAG